ACUCUUUUGCCCCUUCAGGUUCGAACCUUGGUUCCAUUAUUCUUCAUUCCUUUGGGUUCUCAAACUUCUCACAACACCUUGUUGCCUUCAAAGUUCACACAGCUGCGUGGUGCCGAGUGCCGACUUAUUAUUGGAACCUCCAAGCCUGGCUUCAAUGGCGUGCUUAGUCUCCUUGUUCUCCUUCACGCCUUUAACUUCGCACAAAACCCUAAUCAAGGACCUACAAGCAUGGAAAACAGCUAAUUGCAGGAUGCUUUUACAUUCAUCAAAUUCCAUAACAGGAAUCAAUUUUGUGGCACCCAAAUCAGCCGGGAAAAACAAAAACCUACUUUCUGUGACGUGGCAUCACAACCCUAAUCAGACACAUUUAAGAGUUUGUUGUGGAAAUGUUUUUGUUGAUGAUGAUAAAUUAGUUUGUAGUCCCAAUGUGAUAUUUGGAUUUUGGGUGGGCCCAGAUAUUGAUGAUGGAUGGGGUUUCGUUGAAGCUAUUGUAAUUUGUAAAUCAAAUAUUUGAUAUUUGAUAUAUAUUGAUUUUUUUGGGUACU